UCUCCACUCAAAAACUUUUCAAAAAUGAGUGAAAUUGUGAAACUAGACGUUGGCGGAACUAUAUUCAAAACUUCGAAAUCUACAUUAACAAAGUUCAAUGGAUUCUUCAAAACUAUGUUGGAAUGCGACAUUGGGCUGAAACUCGACGAAUCUGGAUGCAUUUUUAUUGAUCGCUCCCCGAAACAUUUCGACUUGAUACUGAAUUUCAUGAGAGAUGGUGACGUGGCUCUACCCAAUUGUGAACUGAAAUUGAAGGAACUACUAGUAGAAGCUCAAUUUUAUUUGCUUGACGGGCUAAUUGAGAUGUGCAAUUCAAAAAUAAUGCCAGUUGAACCUCCGAAACUAGUUGGGAGAAAAUUUCAGUUUAUUGAAAGCAAUGCAAAAUUGCUUCAAAUUCUUGCUGACCAUCAAAAACCAUUGCUCAUUAUUGGAUACGUACAUAAUACCGAUAUACUGCUUAGGGUGUCCCUUCCAGAUAAUUUCGAUGCGCGUGCGUUCAUUGAGAAGUAUUCCGAUCAGUUCGAUAUUUAUUUCAAGGAACACGUUUCACCUGCUCUUGGGUGGACUGCAAGGAUAGUGACGCACUAUUAUGAGCAACGAAACGUUGAGCUUCCGCCGCCGUCAAUUGGCUGGGGACAAAGUGCAUCGUUUUUGGAACGGUUGAAAAAAAUGAUCAAAAUCUAUAAUAGUCUUUAGAAAACUGGAGAAUGACCAAAAAGUUAACAUUACUGUUCCAUUUUCAUUUCUUGAAUGAAAAAUGUACAUUUC